AUCAUCAUGUACAAUCACAUACCACAUCGGGAAAGAUUGAAAAUGCGGUAUCAUUGUGGUAGAGUGUGGGUAAAUUCAAUGCCGAGCUCGUCAUCUAUUUGCCGAAGCUCGCGUUGCUUCGGCAUGUCAGUUAGCGCCUAGAUUACCUAAGCACAUUUCCUGACAACCGCAAGGGUAUUGGGGAUCAUUUUGAAAAUGGACUCAGACCUUAUCAAUGUAGUCAAUAAGCUACAGGACACCUUCCACAAUCUUGGAGGGGAACUCGACAUGCCCCAACUCGUGGUGGUUGGUAGCCAGUCAGCCGGAAAGUCCAGUGUACUCGAGACUAUUGUCGGGCGAGAUUUUCUUCCUCGUGGAUCCGGAAUCGUGACACGUAGACCGCUGGUUCUUCAACUCAUUCACUCGUCUGUCCCGGAGGACAAUCCACCACCGUAUACUGAAUGGGGUCAAUUUCUUCAUCUCGACAAGAAAUUUACCGACUUUGAAGAAAUUCGGAAAGAAAUUGAACAGGAGACAUUCAGAGUGGCAGGGCAGAACAAAGGAAUUAGCAAGCUCCCAAUAUCCUUGAGGAUAUACAGCCCAAACGUGUUGGAUUUGACGUUGGUAGAUCUCCCUGGGCUAACAAAGAUUCCGGUUGGAGAUCAGCCUAGCGACAUCGAACGCCAAAUCCGAAAUUUAGUUUCAGAAUACAUCUCGAAGGCCAAUAGUGUGAUACUUGCUGUAUCCCCAGCUAAUGUGGAUCUCGCCAAUUCGGAAUCGUUGAAAUUAGCUCGUAGCGUUGAUCCUCAGGGACGGCGUACGAUUGGUGUCUUGACAAAGCUUGAUUUAAUGGAUGCUGGCACAAACGCGCUCGAUAUCUUGACCGGGCGUGUCUAUCCUUUGAAACUCGGCUUUAUUGGCGUGGUCAACCGUAGCCAGCAGGAUAUCAACUCAGCAAAGAGUAUGUCAGACGCGUUAGAGUCCGAAACUGAGUUCUUCAAAAACCAUCCGGCUUAUCGAAAUAUUGCUCACAAGAAUGGCACGAAGUAUUUGGCGCAGACGUUGAACAAGGUCCUGAUGAAUCAUAUCCGAGACAAAUUACCCGACAUGAAAGCUCGGCUUAACACCCUGAUGGGUCAAGCGCAGCAAGAGCUCAACUCCUUUGGAGAUGCAGCUGUCUAUGGAGACAAGAAUCAGCAAGGAGGGUUAAUACUUCGGUUAAUGACCCAGUUUGCGCGAGACUUCAUAUCGUCCAUUGAGGGAACGAACGUCGACAUCUCGACAAAAGAAUUAUCAGGGGGCGCGAGAAUAUACUACAUAUUCAAUGACGUUUUCGGAAAUGCGCUGCUGAGCCUCCACGCGACCCAAAACCUUGAUAACCAGGAUAUACGAACUGCGAUACGAAAUUCCACAGGUCCUCGUCCAAGUUUAUUCGUUCCAGAAGUUGCCUUUGACCUGCUGGUCAAACCGCAAAUCAAGCUCCUCGAGGCACCGAGCCUACGAUGUGUAGAGCUAGUAUACGAAGAGCUGGUCAAGAUUUGCCACAACUGUUCAAGCGUUGAACUGCAAAGAUUCCCUCGAUUACAUGCUCAAAUCAUCGAUGUGGUCUCUGACCUUCUGCGAGAACGCCUGGGUCCGACAUCAGAUUACACUCAUAGCCUAAUCGAUAUUCAGGCGGCUUACAUUAACACUAACCAUCCUGCGUUCAUCUCUGGAUCUGCAAUAGCUGCCGCACAAGCCCAGUCACCGCCCAAAAUCCAACCUCCACCCCGCCCUGCUUCCGCAGAGCCUUUGAAUGGUCACGCUCAUAUUGACGACGAGGAAGACGAUUUAUCUGACGAUAACACUAGUUCUACCAGUGCGAUUCCUCCUCGAAGUGACAGUCGCUCAGUGUCAUCAACCGUUCAUGACCGUUCACGAACAUCAGCAUCAAAAGUUAUAAAGCACUCCAAACAUAUAUCUUCUCACCAUCCGUCCCAACCACCUCGACCUCAUUCCUCUGCAGGAUCUUCCCCACCUUCAGCUCGCGAAACUUUCCUCAAUCUUUUCUUUGGGCAGAAUGGCACUGCACCUGUUCCGAGCUCCGUUGCUGCGGAUCGGUCGCAGUCUUCUGUCUCGCAAACCGGAAUUAUCCCAAUUGGAAAGGACGUAUCAGGCGAGGAUCCUUCCCUUACUGCUGGAAUAAUGUCCGGUGCUCGAGGACUCGAUGGCAAUAACACGGCGUAUGAUAUGAAGAGUCUUGGGAGACAUAUAGAAGCUAUACCCAGCGACGGAUCUCGGCUUACGAUGCGCGAAGAGAUGGAAGUGAAUCUCAUUCGUUCUCUGAUCACAUCUUACUUCGCCAUUGUCCGACAAACAAUCUUGGAUCUGGUACCCAAAGCCAUAAUGCACUUCCUCGUGAACCACACCUCGCAACAAGUGCAGAACCGAUUGGUAGCAUCGCUUUAUAAACCUGAGCUUUUUGCGGAGAUGCUCAACGAGGACGAGACAUUGGUGGCGGAACGUACGAGAGUAAAAGCACUAUUAGACGCUUACAAAGAGGCUUUCAAGACGUUGUCGGAUGUCAAUGUGAAGGGAAGCUUUUUGGUCUGACGAUGUUGACGAUAUGUACAACCGCGAACUCGAUUCUGGUGCUUUGCGUAAGUGUUUGGAUUUACCUCAUGUGUAUUUUUAGGGCCCAGGCUCUCUCAUCGGGGACUGGGAACAGUGUGGACUGAUGAGCAAUAAUGGUAUUCUUCCCAGUACCUCAUAUUCAAU